GAGAAGCAGUGAGAGAGCGCAAGCAGCAGGUCUGAUACGAGCUGAAUUCCCGACUUGCAGCGAACUGAUCUUCCAAGCUGGUCAAAAUUGCUCAAGCUGGGUUCCAAUAAGUCGGUGGAUCAUUUCUCUGUAGGAGACUGGGCCGACCCGGAGUGGCAGGAGGAAGAGAGAAUGCAGAGGGAUAACAAGGCAGACAAGAUGCAGAAGGAAAACAAGAGAGGCGAUUUGGAGGCGGCGCACGGAGAGGAUGCGGGAACGAGUGUGAACCCCGGAGGAAGGACUUAUUACAUUAGCAUUCCCGUCAGGCCUCUAUCUGCAGAUGUGCCAGAUGAUCAGCUGCAGAGGCUGACCUUGUAUUAUACACUGUACGGUGCAGUUUUUGGCGUCGUGGGAGUUUUGGCCAUCAUUCUCCCUCUGUUUACCGGACUGGCUGUGACUCAGAUUCUGCCAUGGCUUCUGGUGUUGGGCGGAGCUGUCACUCUCUUACAGUUCUUGCUGAUCUGCGGUGCCCCUGGAACUACUGCCUUCUUGCUGCUCGCAAUCCUGCAUUUGGCUGUUGGACUUUGGAUGCUCAUGAAGCCCGUCGCUGGGCAGACUGAGGUGACAUUUAUUCUGGCUGCGUGGUUCCUGGUCCAUGGAGUUGUGAAGCUGAUCAUGGCUUGUCAAGUGCGCAAGUUGACCACUUGGCCUGCUGUUUUGGCCAGUGGAUUCGCUUCCAUUGUGUUGGCUUUCGUAAUCACAGCCCUCACACCCAAGCUCGGACUCUUGCUGGUUGGAAUCUGCUUCGGCGGUGAUCUGAUCGGCACGGGAUGCGCUCUCCUUCUCAUUGCCCUCAUGGCUUUCCUCGGAGAAGGUCACAGGGCUAUCACUGAUGCUGAUCUUCCACACGCUACCAAAGAGCCUCUUCUAGGUAGUGGACAUGCAGCUGCCUCAUCAGCUUAAAUUAUGUGACCACUUCUACAAAUAUCCUGCUAGAUCAAAUUCAGUGCUGUGGACAGAACACAAAUGAGUCGUCUGGUGACCAUUUCCUGAGCUCCUUUGGACUAUGGCAUAUGCAAUUCUUCCAUUUGCAAGCCUGGUACACUGUCUUCCCGAUGUGCUGUGACUCCAGGUUAAUAAUAAUUGUUGUUUGUAUAGUAUACAUUACAUUGUUCGGAAUGUGUAGCUGGUGUUUUUGAUAUAGCCUUUACACAUUUUCAUACACCUGAAGAGUUCGUGGAAUAUGUGACUUGUAUCAUUCUUGGACAGUUAGGACAGCUUUUGAACAAAGUUGUAGCAUAUGCUGUCACGGUUUAGCACCUGACAUCAUCGAGAAUUAGUUCUUUGUACUAUCGUAUAUUAAUAUA